AGUAUUUAUUUUGUUACAGGUGAUACGACAGAUCCACCGAUAAUGCCUGUACAUAGGGAAGAUACCGAUGUCUCGCAUGAUGCAUUAAUCUUGGAAACUGACUUCGUGAGAUCACAAUCAAAGUCAGGACUUCCCACUGCAAAACUAACCCAACAACAGAAAGAGGUGAUAAACUUGGUGCUGCAUCAGGAGGUCAAUGAUCUGUACGAGUCAAAGGCGUUCGUCACAAUGUAUGACUUCGGGGGAGAAGACGUCUUUUACAAUACUCAUCACUCCCUCAUGACAAGUGACAGCAUCUACCUACUGGUGUUCAACGCUGCGGCAUGCCUCAAAGAAGAUGGAGAAAAUGAAGGUCUAGAAAGUAUAGUGAAGUGGUUACAGUCGAUAGCGACAUAUGCAGUGGAUGUCGAGGAGAGCAAGAAAGGAACACCGCCAGUGUUGAUGAUAGGUUCCCAUAUGGAUCUGAUAGAGGGGCCGGAGGUGAUAAAAAAGGAAAAACUAGCGAAGUUCUUGGAUAAACUUAAGUCUGUCCCGGGCAUUCCGGAAAUAAUGGAAAAGCAUAUCAAAGGAUUUUUUCCGAUCUCUCACCUAUACGACAGCAGCAAAAAUAAAGAUGUCUUCCUGAAGAUGUGGAAAACCAUAGCAGAGAUUGCUCCACUGCAAUCACAAUGGAAGAAACGAAUUCCAGGCAAAUGGAUUGCCCUCGAAUUCGAGUUACUACAAAAGAAGGAGUCGGGAGUGAAAGUCAUGACCAUUGAAGAGUUAAUGGAGAUGAACAAAGAGUUGACGCUGCCACUAGAUGGCGUUGGAAACUUGAAGCUAUUUUUGAGGUAUCUCCAUCUGACUGGGUUCAUGCUCUGUUUUGAUCUGGAAAGUGACAAUCCCAUCAUUGUUUUGAACCCACAGUGGGUUAUUGACGCCUUCAAGUACCUGAUAACUGCAAUCAAGUUUGUCUGCGGACUCACCGAUGCCGAAAGGACUCUUUGGAAAGAGUUUGAGGAGACGGGGCGGUUACCGGUGGAGGUUUUAAAAAUGCUGUGGGGAAAACAUCCUGAUUCUAAAUUCCUAGAUCAUAUGUAUGUUCUAGUAGCUGUCAUGGAGAGACUGGGACUUCUGGUGAAGCCGCUGCCGAAUGACAAAGAUGACAAGGUGAACUACUACGUUGUCCCAGGUAUGUUGAAGAUAGCUGGAGAUGAGGAGACAAAGCUCAUGGAAAACAUAGUAUCCGAAUCUACAACUGUCAAGUCUGGCACACUGUGUAUUCAAUUCCAAAAACGGUUCAUUCCACGCGCCAUCUGGGAUAAAUUCAUCGCAGCCUGUAUCCACAGAUUCCAGCCUUUUGUAGUCCCUGGCAAAUCACGUUUUAAUAAUUGUUACAGAGGUUUCGUCGCCUUAGCCAUUGACCCAAUCUGGAAUAUAUUGAUACACUGUAGUGGCAAUGUGAUGAAGCUCACUCUUUUCAAGAUGAAGGAUGAUAGUCCAGUUGUACCGGGAACAGGCCAUGCUAUCCGGGUCGUGUUAGCUGAGGUCAAUGAACCAAUAAGGUCAUCUGGAGUUCGACUACUACCUACACUGUCACCCGAUAGUGAGGCCACGUGA